AUGGAUGGCUUGUGCUACAACAACUUCGUGGUUGAGCAGAAGAACUUCAACGGGGCGCCGGGAUGGGCACCGGACAAGGUGCAUGUGAGGAGUGAGGCCCACUUGCACACCCGGGCGUGCUUGGUAGUGGACUACUGUGCAACCACAGGCUUCUACUUGCUGCAGCAUUCCGGAGAUCCCGGUGCCCUCACGUACAGCUCCUAG